AUGGCCCCUAAAUGCAAGGCACCUACUUCAUCUGGUGCUCAACCGAAGAAACAGCGAUGUGUUCCAGUGCUGGAGGAAAAAUUGGCUGUGUUGGACUUAUUGAGAGACGGUAUGUCCAUGGCCAACGUGGCGCGUAAAUACGGCUGCAACGAAUCUAGCAUCCGUGCCAUCAAGAUUCGAGAGACAGAAAUUCAUCAAGCCGUGGCAUCAAGAAACUUGCAGACUACUGGUGAAUCUGCAUCUGCCAAUGAGGAGGCAGCAAAAGCCUACCCCGAACAAUUAAAGAAAAUCAUAGAGGAAAGGGGCUAUCUUCCUGAACAAGUUUUUAAUGCUGACGAGACUGGGCUCUUCUGGAAAAAAAUGCCCACCCACACUUACAUUUCGAAAUCAGAAAGACAAGCCCCUGGCUUCAAAGCAGGUAAAGACUGUGUGACUGUGUUGCUUUGUGGCAAUGCGGCUGGUCAUUUAAUAAAGCCUGGCUUGUUCUACAGGGCUGCAAAUCAGGACAAAGGCAAGAACAAAAAUCUCCUGCUUGUGUUCUGGCAAUCAAAUAAAAAGGCUUGGGUGACGGCAGCAUUAUUUCUGGAUUGGUUCCACAAGUGUUUCAUUCUGGAGGUCAAGCAGUACCUUGAAGAGAAAGGACUUGACUUUAAAGUGUUGCUGAUCCUAGACAAUGCUCCUGGCCACCCUGUGGCACUCCGGUUUGCGCAUAACAAUGUUGAAUUUGUCUUUCUCCCCCCCAAUACCACCUCCAUCCUCCAACCUCUCGAACAAGGCGUCAUUAGCUGUUUCAAGGCCACGUACACGAGGCUUACAUUCUCACUGAUCCUUACCACUAUGGAUGCUGAUCCCAAUGUUAAUGUGAUGGAGUGUUGGAAGUCCUUCAACAUUGCUGAUUGCAUCAUUUAUAUUAAACAGUCAAUGGAUGCAAUCAAGCCUGAAACAGUCAAUGAAUGUUGGAGAAAUCUAUGGGAAGGCUGUGUGAAUGAUUUUAAGGGUUUCCCAACCAUUGACAAAGAAGUGCCACUCAUUGUUCAGGUGGCCAGCCUCAAAAUCACACGUAGUAUUACGGAUGAUUUGAGACCGUACCAAGAAAUGUUUGAGGAGCUCAAGAGACAACAGCGACAGUUGCCAAUCACCAUGUUUUUAAAGAAAAAACAACCAGCAGCAGCAGAGCCUACACAAUCAACUUCUCGAGCUGAACCAGAGCCAACCACUUCGUCUACGACUCACUCUCCAUCACCCAAGCCUGGCCCAUCGUCUCCUGGAUCGACAUCAAGCCCUGAUGACUCAAUAAUAGUGUUGUCAGGGGAAGAAGAAGACUAA